AUGUCCCACUUAUUCCUUGCGGGACUUGUGGCAGGGUGCGUUCUCUCGGUGCUACUGGGCUCCCUGUCUUCCUUCGCUCGAGAUCGAAGAGUUUUUGGCUUCUUGGGCGAAGAGUCCCCGGGCUCUGUUAAGCCUCCGCCAAUUUGCUCGCCCCCAAGUGCGUUCUCGACUCUCGACGCGAAGGAAAAUCUCUUUAUCCCCCUAACGAUACGGGAAGCGAUUUCAAUCCGAAACUGGCUUAUGCGUCCUGAGCUGGGGCUUAAUCUCACUCGGGGCGACGAAGCUUCUGUCAGCGACAAUUUCAUCGACGUAGUCGAAGCAUUUCGUCCAAAGAAAGCAGAUGCAAUCGCGUACUACGAUGGGGACUCUAAGCAGCCUCCCCAUCGUGCUGCUCGUGUUGUCAUCAACCGCGGAGGCGAUCAGGAACCCACGGUCCGAAACUUUCUAGUUUAUCCUUUGCCUAUUUCAAGCAAGACCACCAUGGAGCCUUUGUUGGAUAUUUAUCAUAAGCCUGUCAUCCCUCACAAUGCACGGGGUAUCAGCUGGAAUGACGAUAUCCUCAAAACUUCUAUUGAGACAUUCGAUGGAAUCCAGGAUAUCAUCAGGUCCCUCUUCCCAGGUGGCGAGAUCCAGAUGCUGCCAAACGAUACUCUUUCUGUGACACCAGCCGGCCCUUGGUCUUUCGAUGGUUCAUUUAGACGAGCCUGGUUCCAAUACAAAUGGCUCGUCCCUGGAAGUUAUCUAAACCGUGUUAAUCUUUGGCAGUAUAUCGAUAUGACCGGAACUGACCGGAGCCUCUGGAAAACGCUGAAACUCAUGUACAACCAUCAAGUCUAUGGUUCCAAAGAGGAGUUUGUCGAGUCUUUCAACAAUGGAUCAAUGAAGAUCACCGAACCCCUUCCACCCAAUUCCACAUGGUUUGAACGAAGGCGCAAAGGUCGUCGUCGCGAACUGGAUCACCUUGCCGGGCCACGUCAUGUGUCGUUUGACGGGCCACGAUUCAGGGUAAACAAGGAUAAGCAGUUUGUGACUUGGAUGGGAUGGUCUUUCUAUUUGGGAUUUGAUCGCGAUAUGGGACUCUCAUUAUGGAACAUCAACUUCCUCGGCGAGCGCAUUAUCUACGAGGUGAGCGCCAUGGCCCAGUACACCGGAAACGAUCCACAUCAAGCAACCACCUCCUGGCUUGAUAGAUACUUUGGAAUGGGUCUCAUGACCUAUGAAUUGAUACCAGGCUACGAUUGUCCUCAGGAAGCGGUGUAUCUUCCAUCAAUAGUUCACCUUUCAGUGGGCACAGCGACCACAAAGAAUGCAAUUUGUAUAUUCGAAAAGGAUAACGGUGGUCCCUUGACCCGUCACCGAUCUAUGCCAGGUUUUGGAGGAGAGCAGUUUACUACGGGAGCCGUCAAGGACUACGUCCUGGUUGUGAGAACUAUUGCCUCCUUUGACUACACUUUCAUGCUCGAUGGUUCACUGGAGGUCCGCGUGUCCGCGUCGGGCUAUUUGCAAGGUGGCUACUGGGAGCCCGGUGAAGACGCGUUCGGAACGCGCAUACAUAACCGCACGAUGGGUACUCUCCAUGAUCAUAUCGUUAACUUUAAGGUCGACCUUGAUAUUUCCGGAGUCGAGAAUUCAUUGUUGGAAACCUCCGUGUCUGUGGAUGAUGUAGAAUUCCCUUGGUUGGAUGAGGACUGGGGCUCGACAAUCCGCCAGCAACGAAUUGUAAAGAAGUAUAUCACGAACGAGACUGAGGCCCGUCUUUUCUACCCCAAGAAUUUUGAGGGUGGAUAUUCAAUCGUGAACAAGAAAUCCCUCAAUGCCUGGGGAUAUCCAAGAGGAUACACCAUUGUCCCAGGGAACUCCCCCAUCCAUAGUACCGUGGCUGGCUCCCGGCGCAUGCUCAACAAUGCAAAUUUUGCCAAAUAUAAUCUCGCAGUAAGCAGGCGCAAGGAUAAUGAGCCAUCGUCCUCAAGCGCUUGGAAUCUGAACUUGCCGGGUGCGCCUCCAGUGGAUUUCGAUCUGUACUUUGACGGGGAAAGCCUCGAUCAAGAAGAUCUUGUUGUUUGGAUCAACCUUGGAACUCACCACUUCCCAUCUGCCGAGGACUCGCCCAACACUCGCAUGAAUACUGCAACUUCAAGUUUCAUUUUCUCCCCUCUCAACUUCCAUGACUAUGACGUCUCCAUUGAGAGCUCAAACGCCGUCCUCAUUUCCCUCCCUAAGCGGGACGAUGAUGUAUGGCCUGCCGAUGAGAACGGGGUACGGACGAGUUAUUGUACACCUCCCCGCCCAACACCCCUCACGUAUCGUGGCGAAGUGUAUUAUGAUCUUGACGGAAGCACUAUUACCUACCCACCGGCUCUGGCACUGUUUCUGUUGGGUCCGCCAAUGGAUUAG